AUGUCACAUCUCUUCAUUCCUUCUGAUUCUACUUGUAUUCCUAUGCUCUUGAAAGCAUUGAGCAUAGUUUCAGUUUCUCUACUUGCAGUGCAGAAGCCAGAUUUUUCUCCUAUGUUUUUCACUGGAAUGUUAGAGGCCAUUAUUGCUGCUCUCAUGAAUAUAUACAUCGUAGGUUUGAAUCAGAUAUCUGACAUAGAGAUAGACAAGGUCAACAAACCAUAUCUUCCUCUUGCAUCCGAAUAUUCUACUGGAACUGGUAUCUUCAUUGUUACGUCAUUUGCCAUAUUGAGUUUUUGGCUGUGGUCAGUUGUUGGUUCAUGGCCCUUAUUCUGGGCUCUUUCUGUCAGCUUUGUGCUUGGUACAGCAUAUUCCAUAAAUCUGCCUAUGUUGAGAUGGAAGAGAUCUGCUGUUGUUGCAGCAAUGUGUAUCCUCGCCGUUCGGGCUAUAAUUGUUCAAAUUGCUUUUUUCCUGCACAUGCAGACACAUGUCUUUGGACAACCAGCUAUCUUUUCCAGGCCAUUGAUUUUUGCAACUGCAUUUAUGAGUUUCUUUUCGGUGGUUAUAGCAUUGUUUAAGGAUAUACCUGAUAUGGGAGGUGAUAGGAUAUUUGGUAUCCGGUCAUUUACAGUACGACUGGGACAGAAGCGGGUAUUUUGGAUUUGUAUUUCUCUACUUCAAAUUGCUUAUGCUGUUGCCAUUUUAGUUGGGGCAUCAUCCUCCUUUCUUUGGAGCAAACUUAUCACGGUAUGUACAAUGUUGUUUGGUCAUGGUAUAUUGGCUGCAAUGCUGUGGAGAAGUGCCAAAUCUACUGAUCUUAGCAGCAAAGUUGCAAUCACUUCUUUUUACAUGUUCAUCUGGAAGCUAUUUUAUGCAGAGUAUUUGCUAAUACCACUUGUAAGGUGAUUUACAGAACGUGAUGAAGAUGAUUUUGCUCCC